GGCGCUGCAUCGGCGUACUGUUACUCGCACCCGAGUCCUAGGCCCUCAGCAUGUCGGAGACAGCUCCCGCCGCUCCUGCCGCCGCGCCCCCGGCGGAGAAGACCCCGGUGAAGAAGAAGGCUGCCAAGAAGCCUGCGGGGGCGCGCCGCAAGGCUUCUGGACCCCCGGUGUCCGAGCUCAUCACCAAGGCUGUGGCCGCCUCCAAGGAGCGCAGCGGCGUGUCCCUGGCCGCGCUCAAGAAGGCGCUGGCGGCCGCCGGCUACGACGUGGAGAAGAACAACAGCCGCAUCAAGCUGGGCCUCAAGAGCCUGGUGAGCAAGGGCACCCUGGUGCAGACCAAGGGCACCGGCGCCUCCGGCUCCUUCAAGCUCAACAAGAAGGCGGCCUCCGGGGAAGCCAAGCCCAAGGCCAAGAAGGCAGGGGCGGCCAAGGCGAAGAAGCCCGCCGGAGCUGCCAAAAAGCCCAAGAAGGCUACAGGCACGGCUACCCCCAAGAAGACCGCGAAGAAGACCCCAAAGAAGGCCAAGAAGCCGGCUGCGGCUGCAGGGACCAAGAAGGUGGCCAAGAGUCCUAAGAAGGCCAAGGUGGCCAAGCCCAAGAAGGUCAAGAGCGCUUCUAAGGCCGUGAAGCCCAAGGCCGCCAAGCCCAAGGUUGCCAAGCCCAAGAAGGCGGCUCCCCGGAAGAAGUAGAAUGUCAUGGUCUCCCUCUCGAACCCAAAAGGCUCUUUUCAGAGCCACCACUGAUCUCAAAGAAAGAGCUCGGCACUGUAGCGUCCUUAUCCCCUCGACGACCGGACCGCGUCGGGCCUUCUUCCCACGGGCUUGGCAGUUGGUGGGCCGCGGGAGCCGUCCCCGGCGGCCGUCAGCGGGGCUCCUGGCCCGGCCUGCGGUCCAGGGGCGGCGUUUCUCGCGGCAGAAGCACCCGGGACAGCCGCCAGCCCCGCCCCAGGGCGGAGCAGCCCUGUGACCGAGAAGGGGACGAGCCCGUGUUUACGGUCGGCCCGGAUUGGAGUGCCCCGCGGUUCGAAAGUCCCGCGCUGCUCUGGGUUGGCCCGCCCGCGCCCGCAUCCUGCGUGUAAUUGGCGGCAGCUGAGCCCUUCCGGCUUUCCGUAGGGUAAGGAGUUCCCUCUCCGCGCACCGCACCGGUCGGGCGGCGCUUUCCUUGCCUGGAGCCCGGCGGCGUGUACUGGGGACUUGGUGGCACCGGACCUUGCGGAGGGUGGGUGCGCCUCUGCCUGCUUCCCCUGCACGGAGGCCUUCGGAGGGCCCAGCCGCCUCCCGUCCCGCCCAGGCUGCUCCGAGGUCCUCGUCCCUUCCGCGCUGGUCCGGAUGGGUGUGGUGGUGCAGGCUUUGAAAACAACUUGGCCAUUUUGUCCAGCGGAUCCGCAAUUUCAGAAAAACUAUAAUCAAACUUGCUUUAAAAGGCUUUUUGGUUUCGUCCAGGUUUUCUACUUGUGAACUGUCCGGUGUGUACGAUGGGAGGCAUGUUUCUACCUAAUAAAGCCUUUAACUUUCA